AUGAGUACAGCUUCAUCCUCAGCCUCGCUUCUGGGUAGUGAACACAAAAUCCAGCAAUGGCAAGAGAAUGCAUCGAGAGAGAUCGAAGACGAGGCAGGGAUUGUCGCGCGACUUUUACGGGCUUGUCUGGAUUCGUUGUCUUGUCUUAUCCAGACUUUGAAGUCCAGUUCAACACCAAAACACGACCAGCACAUUCUUCGGCGGUGUCAUUGUAUACUGAAGCUUUGGGCAGACGGUCAUGGGGUAUGGGUCGGGAGGUUGGAUGGAAUCUUGAAGCGGUCCAGAAACCUUCAGCGUACCACGCUAUCCAUCAUCAACCCAAUGUGCAAGAUUUUGCUACAAGCACUCGAUAAACAUGUUCCAUCUCGAGAUGAUGAUACCGUCAUUGCACAUUUGAAAGUCACCACUGCACAAAUCCACGACCAAACUAAGUGGCUCUUAGCGGGUGACGAGGGUACAAGUGAUGGUGAUGACGACAGCGAUAGCGACAGCGACUCGGAAACGUUGGGAGAUGAAGUCGGGUCCAAUGCGUUUACAAGACUUGUGGAAAACAUCAAGACAUACACAGACUGCUUGGUGGAUCUCAGUCCUGCUCUUGAAUGUCCGGCUAUCGAUCCUGAGCAUGAUGACGAGCCCAGUGUUUUACGUGUAGAGCAACGAGCGGCGCACGAAUAUCAUGCCGAACUCAUCCUGGCCAAGUAUCCGAACGCAAGCUUUGAAAUGGUAGACUGCUUGGGAAAGACCAGCUGGGCUCGCUAUCAGCGUAUGCAACAAGAACGAGAACACAAUGUCCACGCAUAUGAUUACGAACAAAGGUCACGCAUCGCUGAUUCAAAGUCUAAAUUCCAGGACUCUGGCCUUGGUACCUCGAUUCCGCCCGCAAAUUCGGCAUAUGCGGAGACAGUGAUCUCUUUUAUGACGGGCGUGACUGGAGGGAAGAGAGUUCAGAUUCCAUCACUUCCAGCAGAAGCAAAAAACGGGUCGCCAUUUGAGUGCCAUGCCUGCGGGAGGCGCAUACGAGCGACAACAAACAGAGAGUGGAGGAAGCAUCUAUAUCUCGACCUCCAGCCUUAUUCGUGUUUCUACACCAGCUGUUCCUUCAGAGCAACACCCUUCGCCAACCAUCAGUUAUGGAGUGAUCAUCUUGAGCUGGACCACAAGCUUGGACCUGACUGGAAUAGCGUUGAAUGUCCUUUAUGCCUCGAAACGACGAAGAACGGAAAGAGCGCUCUCCUCGUUCACUUUGCUAGACACAUGGAAGAUAUCGCUCUUGCCGCUCUACCACGUGAAGUUGAGUCGGAUGCUGAGUCUGAGGGUGAUUACACAUACAAAUCUCAAAGCGAAGUCGAUCUAACGCAGCCACCCGCCCACAACACAGUCCAGUCAUUAAAGCUAGACAACGCGAAAAAUGUUGAGUGGACCCCUGCGAUCCGCGAUUACGUUCGACGUGCAACUGAUCCUGCCAACGCCGUCCCUGGCAUCGCAGGCUCCGAAGUGCAGACGAUGGCAGAAUAUAUCACUCGUGUACAGACUCAAGAUGUUGACUGGUCUACAUACCCACUACCACAGGAGCUUUUGCAGGAGGGGCGAAGAAAAUCCGUUAUCGCUAACACCUUCUCGGAUAGACAGCCACCCUCCCAAGCGGACUGGGUGCUCACUCGGGAGAUGGGUCCAACUCUCUUCGAAACCGCACAGCACGUGAGUGAGGGAUCACUCAACUCGGAUUCCGGAUGUGAGGACAGAGAAGAGAUUGAGGGACAGUCGCCAAUCACAAGGUCGGCUCGUCAAACUCAGUCAGCACUUUCUAGUGCCUUGCAAAUGGAACCAGACGAGGUGGAUUUCACGCCACGGCCAUAUAUCCAACACACAUCAGAAAACCGAGUUGCAUCUGCACACUAUGAUGGCCACCCUAACUUCACUUUCGUAACAGAAUCCACGCCUGAAGCGUUCAAAUCGAAGGAAAACAUGACUAAGGUGCGCAAGGCCGCGAUGUCGGAUUUUUUCAAGGAGAAAACGAAACACAAUACCAAAAGCAAAAUCGGCAAGGGAAAGAAUUCUUCAGUCAAACACCACCACUCAAGUAGCCAUGAUCAGCACACUCUUCCACACCAGCUUGUCGAUGACACCGACUACGCACCGUUGUCUGCCGAAGCCAUGGCGGAUGAAAUGGCUAGUGACCAGGCAACCAUAGGAGACUCUGAGAUCAAGCCUGGCGUUAUCGAUAUGGAUAGUGAUGAAUUCCCGAUCAAAUGCAUCUGUGGAUUCCUAGACGACGACGGCAACACCGUAUUGUGCGAGAAUUGUGAUACUUGGCAACAUAUCAUCUGUUACUACGAAUCCGCCCAGCAUGUGCCCGACAUUCACGACUGCACCGACUGUCAACCGAGACCCAUCGACAGAGAGCUGGCUGCCGAAAAGCAACGUCUACAGCGUCGACCAUGGCUCAAAACAGCCGAGAAAAGAGACCGAUCGGACAAGAGACCCCAGACGUCCCACGACUCUGGCAUUUCACUCAACCCAGCAAUAGAAUUUCAAGUCAAGGCUUUGAAGAACCAAAAACGUGAUAAUCAGCUCAAGGAAGCUCGUGAAACAGACGAGGAUGAUGCAAUCUGGGAUUGCGCUGACUGCGGUAAUGGUCCGAUGAGCCUUUGGCAGCCCGCAUGUCAUAACUGUCAUGCAAAACGGAGUUCUGCCUCAUACAUAGAAAGGAGGUGA